UAGUUAUCUAACGUCAUAUCUAUGAAUUGUAAAUAGGACAUACUAUAACCUCAAUCAGCUUGUACACCACACUACAUAAAAGAGGCUAUACACUACACUACGGCUGAAUUGAUCUGAAAAUUGGGCAACGUCCGAGUCUUGAAUACGUACAGUCAACGCUGCACCUCUUUAAAGUUAACUCAGUCAGUAUUAGUCGAUAUCAGUCAGUUAACCAUUGAAGAAUCAAGUCACCAACCAGAAGAAAKUCUUUUAACGGCUGUAAAGCUUUGAACAAUUGGUGUGCGUUGCGAUGUCUUUUGCUUUCUUUUUGUGGAUAUUCCUUCAAACCUCUCUAUGGACAUGCACUAUUGAAUUCAACGGCGGAGGGUUUGGGAAGCUUCCUUCUUUUUAUUUAUUCCUCAACAGAAUUUCUAAAUUUAAGAGUUCUACACCUUCUACACGUUGUCAGUGUAAUCAUAAUGAGGUUUGUGAUAAAAGUAAGAACAAAUGCAGAAUGAGUAAUCCUUUACAUCAAGGAUUUGCGUCCUCAGGUAAAACCUCGACGGUUAUGAUCAACAAUACAGGCCAAGUGCCACACUCUGAAGACCAUAAAAAUAUAUCCAUGUUUGUUAACGCUUCAAGGAUGAUGCAUAAUAAGUCAGAAAGGUCAGAAAACAUUUGGAAGAAUAGCAGUGUCUUGGUACGUGAUAAAAAAAAUUUUGACAUGAAUCAAAUAACUAAUUGUCCAGGAAACUGGGGACUGAUGAACAAAAGCGAAUUUUUGAUACUUUCCAACAAAUCCAUCUAUGUGAAKGCUUCUCGUACUCUUUACGAUCCACCGAAAUUYAUGUGGGUACAUCAAAACCUAUWUGUUUGCGAUAAACGUUUCGUAAACUCUGAUAACAGGAAUAUCAUCUCAAACGCAGAUGAUGAUAUCUUUUCGGAUUUGACUAUUGUAUGCAUGUCAAUAUCGAUUAUUUCACUGGUCUUUGUCCUCGUCACCUAUUCCUUGUUCACCGAGCUAAGAACACCACCAGGUAUUAACCAUAUGAACCUCAGUGUUGCCAUUCUGCUCUCACAAUUCUUGUGGCUUGUUGGUAGUGACGAGACAGAUAACCCCAUGGCUUGUACUGCCAUCGCUGUUCUUCUUCACUACUUUUUCCUGGUUUCUUUCGUGUGGACGUCCAUCAUCGCCAUUGACACUUGGAGGGCCUUCACUGCAAAAGGAAGACGUCCCAUGCCCAUUUCAAAGCGCAAAAGACUGCUGCAUACCUUACGAUAUAUGGCUGUUGGAUGGCUUUCUGCCUUGGUGUACGUGUCAAUCUGUGUGGCUCUUGACCAAUCACAGGCAGUUUCCAUUGGGUAUGGGUCACGUGUAGCUUGCUGGAUCACUGACAACAACGCCAGGUGGAUUUUCUUUGCAACUCCUCUGGGACUGAUCAUCGUCUUCAACAUUGUCUUCUUCUCCAUGACGGUAAAAGCGAUCAGGUCUACCCGUAGCCAAGYCARAAUGGYUGACAACYCRGCCAACAAGCGUGAUUUUGGCGUUUACGUACGUAUAGCGUCCGUAAUGGGCUUCACGUGGGUUUUUGGCUUCGCUGCACCGUUUGGGUGGGUGUUCCUUUGGUACGUGUUUGUGAUCCUAAGCUCUUUGCAAGGGUUUUACAUCGCCAUUGCCUUUGCUCUCAACACGACUGCACGAAACCUUUACAUGAAACUCCUGUGCAGCCCAAAGGAAACAGGAAGCAGCGAUGAAAACAGGCGACGUCAACCGAAGUCAUUACCACUGUCUACUUAAGUUGUUUCCAAGAAAGGACAGAUCAAAGUGAUCAUUCUAUAAACCACUAACCUUAGGUUAUUGAAAUACUUUGCGAAGGAAAUCAAUAUAAUUGUAAACUCUAAGUAAGAAAAUAAAGACUAUAAAAAGAAGAACACCAAACAUUUAACAUUUUGGAAAAUGAAACGAUAAGAAGAAUUCAAACUUCAAAAACGUAAAUAUUGAGCAAUAAAGAUAUUAAA